AUUUCAUUCUCUAAUAAAUUUCUUGCAAUCCCGUAAAGGUCAACUUUUGUCCUCGCCAUGAAAUGCAAAGCUAAAUUCGGGCAAAUGCGUAACAGCAUGUCCGUUGCCCUGACGGCACACUGAAAACUCUGAAAAAAGGAACCAAAUCGAAGAGAAACUCGCUAUUUCCCUCUUACAAUCUUCGCGCCAUCGGACUGAAAUCAGUUUUCACGUUCCCUUUGCUGUUGCAAAGUCUCAGAUCUUGAGAUUUGAUCUCAGAAUUUAGGUGUACUUUUUGUAGUAGCAAAGGAUUAAGUUGACUCAUGGCUGAUUCAGAAGAAAAUAAUGCUUUGUUUCCAAUUUUCAUCUUAUCGAUGAUUGCUCUGCCUUUGGUUCCUUACACCAUAUUGAAAUUAUUCCGUGCUGCCUCAAAGAAAGCUAAGAGCAUCCACUGUGGUUGUUCUGAUUGUACUCGGUCAGGGAAGUACUGUAAAUCAGUUUUUAGUAGGAUUGCAAAUGUCUCAACAUGUGGUAACUUUACUCUGGUACUGCUGUGGGUCAUCGUGGUGUUUCUUGUUUAUUACAUAAAGAACAUGAGCAACGAGAUUCAGGUCUUUGAGCCGUUCAGCAUUCUUGGGUUAGAGCCUGGAGCAUCAGAUUCUGCAAUCAAGAAGGCUUAUAGGAGACUUUCCAUACAAUACCAUCCUGAUAAGAAUCCUGACCCAGCUGCUCAUAAGUUCUUUGUCGAGUCGAUAUCCAAAGCUUACCAGGCUUUGACUGAUCCAAUCUCUCGAGAGAAUUUUGAAAAAUAUGGCCAUCCUGAUGGUAGGCAGGGAUUUCAAAUGGGGAUUGCUCUUCCUCAAUUUCUUCUUAAUAUUGAUGGUUCAUCUGGAGGGAUAUUGCUAUUGUUGAUUGUUGGGAUAUGUAUAUUGUUGCCACUUGUGAUGGCCGCUGUGUAUCUAUCAAGAUCUUCAAAAUAUACUGGAAAUUAUGUCAAGAAUGACACUCUGGCUGCCUAUUUUCACUUGAUGAAACCUUCAUUGGCACCAAGCAAAGUCAUGGAGGUCUUCAUUAAGGCUGCUGAGUUCUUGGAAAUUCCUGUUCGAAGGUCGGACGAUGAACCUCUUCAUAAGCUCUUCACGACUGUAAGAAGUGAACUGAACAUAGACCUGAAAAAUAAUAAAAAGGAACAAGCAAAAUUUUGGAAGCAGCAUCCUGCUCUUGUGAAGACGGAGCUGUUAAUUCAAGCACACUUGUUGCGAGAAACGGCAUCUUUAACUCCAGACUUGGAACGUGAUUGCAAGCGUAUGCUGGAAAUUUCGCCUCGCCUCCUUGAAGAGCUAAUUAAGAUGGCAAUCAUUCCACGCACCGCUAAGGGGCACGGCUGGCUUAGGCCUGCGAUAGGAGUUAUUGAACUUUCACAGUGCCUUGUUCAGGCUGUUCCCCUAAGUGCUAGGAAGGCAGGUUCUGCUGAGGGAAACGCUCCCUUUUUACAGCUUCCGCAUUUUAAUGAUGAUAUAAUCAAAAAAAUAUCCCGAAAGGUAGCCGAUUUCUCCCCUCCCGAGAUCCUAGACGUCGAGAAAGUCAUGGACCUGAUCCCUUCCCUCUCGGUCGACCUCACCUGCGGGACCCACGGCGAGGAAGGCGGCAUACAGGAAGGUGACGUCAUCACCUUCCAAGCCUGGGUCACCCUGAAACGCCCCAACGGCCUCAUAUCCGCAUCUCCCCACGCCCCAAAAUACCCUUUCCCCAAGGACGAAAACUUCUGGCUUCUGCUGGCGGACCCCGCCUCAAACUCCGUGUGGUUCUCCCAAAAGUUGAGCUUCAAUGACGAGGCGAGCGCGGUUGGUGCCGCCUCGCUGGCGGUGGAGGAGCAGAUGGAGGCGGCCGGGGGGGAGACGAGCGCGGCCGUGAGGGAGGCGGUCGAGAGGGUUCGGGCCGGUGCCCGACUGGCCAUGGGCAGGUUCUUGGCUCCGGCAGAAGGGAACUACGGGCUGGUGUGUUAUGUGAUGAGCGACUCGUGGAUUGGGGUCGAUGUGAAGUCGGGGUUGAAGAUGAAGGUUGUAAGGAGGACACGGGCUGGGUCGCGCGGUGGGUCGGGGCCCGUUUUGGAGAAUGGGGCGGAGGAUGAGGAAGAGGAGGAGGAGAUGGAGGAGGACGAGGAGGAUAUCGAGAGUGAGUACAGUGAGGAUGAGGAGGAGAAGGAGAAGGGGAAGGGUAAAAAUGGAAAUAAGAAAGGGAGAGGUGGCGGGAAGAAGAGGGUAGAGUCGAGUGAGGAGGAGGAGAGUGAAGGUAGCUCGGAUGAGGAGUGA